GUUGAUUUCCACUGCUAAUUUAGUUUCCAUCGGACAUGAGCUUGUAUUCAAUAUGAAUUAAACGUUUAUUGAAAUCUAGCCAUUUAUCGAUUCGCACGAUGGGCUACCGCCGCCUGUCAGGAUUUACACUUCCCUCUAGGCUUCAUCACGCAUUAUGACCUUUCUCAGAGACCUCAUUCGCGAUGAGCGCACCAUCGGCGCCGGCAUCGGCCUGCUUGCAACCGCAACCAUCGGAAUAGUUUACUUCUUCCUGGAGGCGGUACAGGACUCAAACGAAGUCACCUUGCCGCCGCCGAAAGCUACAUACAUCACGCAGGAGACCGAGGACUCGCUUCAACCAGAUACCCUCGAGAGCCUACUGGGUCACUACAACUAUGCGAUCCGCGAGGUGGCCUCCAAGAUCGUUUGCGACAGAGCACUGAACGACCCGGCGACCGUCGACUUUCUGCUGUGGGGCAUCACGCGGCCGGACUACGAUGAGCGGUUCAGGAGCCUGCGGACUCUGGCGCUGAUCACCGACCAGGCGCACCUCAGUAUUCUGCAUACACCAAAGGCAUACUCGGCGCUCGUCAGGUCGCUCGAGUUCUGCGCGCUCGAGUUCCCAUGUGAGCGAAUGCUCGACCCGCACCAUGACGACUAUUACCUCCGUGACAUGGCCGAGAAGUUCUGCCUGAUGUUUGUAGCGCAGCUGAUCAAAAAAUACGACCCGGAGCUCCUCAUCAAAGCCCGGUUCGUGGAGAAGUGGCUCGCACGUCAGCCGUGGGGCGAGGGUGAGGCGGAGAGGCAGCACAACUACUCGCAGUACGUGUCGCGGCGGCUGAACAGGAUCAGCGAGGUGUGCAGGCUCGUAAAGGAGUCUUAUGCAGGGCGCAAGGCGCUGCAGGAUGCGGGCCUAAUCACCAAGGAAGAGGCGGCGGGCUCCGAGGUGGACGAGUGCGGAAAUCACCACGAGGCGGCCAGGUUGAGCCUGGUGCUAAGCAUAACGGGCGAGGCUAUAGACCUGCACGAGGUCGAAACGUACCAGCCCAGGGUUCUAGAACAGAGUGCAGAGGAACAAAGGCUGAGACGACAGCAUCGAGAGGCCAUGGUACUCAAUGACGGGACGAGACCGCUUGGCAGGGGCGAUAUCAUUGAAAGAGGCCACGACUGAAGACCUGUUGGUAGCCGGGGGCCACAGUUACCGGCCUUGUACUAUACUCGAUGGAGAUAUGCACACUCAAUAAGAGCAGGGGGGUUUAUCUUGAUUCGUCGUCCGGGAUAAGAGACUCCAUGGUAUAUUUGGUUGCUGUGACCCGGCCCGAGCGUACCAUGUCCUAUGGAAAGAUCGAGAAACAAGAAAGAAUCGACACGACCAAGAUGACCUGUCGAUUUCGUAUACCCUAGGAGUCGGCAACCGGUAACACUUGUACAGUAAAUAUCGACAGGCCGUUAUAGCUAUUUUCCAUUACCACCAACAACACAAGGCUAGUCCAUAUCCGGCGGUUGGACUGGAAAUGAAAGCGGAGUGGUGCCACUAUCAAGCAGGAACAGGUGGGCCUGUCAUAAUUAUUUAGAGCUGCUUUGACAACGUGCACAUUCAUUCAGGUACACAAAUGGAACGUCCAUUUUAUGCAUGAUCAAUAAAGUCUCAGCAAGGUUGGCCGG